GGAUACGCAUCCGAUGUUUGCUAAACAGAUAGAUGGCUGCCCAGAGAAGUUAUUUGCGCCUAAUAUCCGCACAAAGCCAACAAAGAGAUCAUGGCGGCGGUGUUGCAGAGGCUCACAAAAUGAGUCAGUCUCUGCAAGGCUCGCAACACUACUGAGACAUAGAUUUUAAAUGACCAUGGAGGCUGCUGCAGACUCACAGCAAGGUGGUGAUACUGUUGUCUCUGAGCCCGAGACCCAGCAGAUCACCUUGACCCAGGCGUCCAUAGCAGCAGGACAGGUGACGUCCAGUAGUCCCACAGUCACUCUAGUUCAGUUACCCAACGGUCAGACAGUCCAGGUGCAUGGUGUGAUCCAAGCUGCACAGCCCUCAGUCAUCCAGUCCCCACAAGUCCAGACUGUACAGUUUGACUCGUUUCAGAUUUCCACUGUUGCCGAGAGUGAGGAUUCUCAGGAAUCCGUAGAUAGCGUGACAGAUUCUCAGAAGAGGAGAGAGAUUCUGUCCAGGCGACCUUCUUAUAGAAAGAUUUUAAACGACUUAUCGUCAGACGUUCCAGCGGUGCCUCGAAUUGAGGAAGAGAAGUCGGAGGACGACUCAGCUCCUGCCAUCACCACAGUCACCAUGCCCACUCCCAUCUAUCAGACCAGCAGCGGACAGUACAUUGCCAUUACUCAGGGAGGAGCCAUUCAGCUGGCCAAUAACGGCACAGAUGGAGUGCAGGGCCUGCAGACUCUGACCAUGGCCAACGCUGCUGGAGCCCAGUCUGGUGCAACGAUCCUGCAGUACGCCCAGACCAGUGAUGGGCAGCAGAUCCUCGUCCCAAGCAACCAAGUUGUUGUACAAGCUGCCUCUGGUGACGUCCAGACCUAUCAGAUCCGCACAGCCCCCACCAGCACCAUCACUUCCGGGGUAGUCAUGGCGACCUCGCCUGCACUGGGCUCAGGAGGAGGCACGGAGGAAGUCACACGCAAAAGGGAGGUCCGACUUAUGAAAAACAGGGAGGCGGCCCGGGAGUGUCGCAGGAAGAAGAAGGAGUACGUCAAGUGUCUGGAGAACCGCGUCGCCGUGCUGGAGAACCAGAACAAAACCCUCAUCGAGGAACUUAAAGCCCUCAAAGACUUGUACUGCCACAAAUCCGAGUAGAAAAAAAAAAAAAAAAAAACCCGUCACCAAACGCCUGCCAGGUGCACCAACUGUCCCCGUGUACAGAGACUCACCACAGAGCCACGCACCUGGACGCCACGCCCACUUUUCUACUCCCCUUUUUUUUGCUUUCUUUUUAAAAACUGCUAAAAUAUCUGUAUAAAAGACUCACCAGGAAUAGAAACACACACACACCCGUUUCAAAAAAUCCCCCCCCCUCCCCAUCAGUUUCCAAUGAACGGGUGGAGCGGGGGGAAAAGAGUGGACGUGGAGGAAACUACAACUACACAGGGUCCUUGUGGUGAAGUGACAGAUCAGAGGGGACAUUCCAGUCACUGGUGCCUGGGCUAACUGGGCGACAUCACCAGCAACGGGGCAACUUCUGGAGCAACCUCAGCGAUGGAACUUUUUACAGUUGCAAACGGCCCCGAGACCCCUUGGAUCAUUUUUUUUGGAGACUUGACCCUUUGUGUGCAGCGUUUGUAACCGUAACGGCGCUCCUGCAUUAACAUCUGUUACUUACUAACGCUUUGAAUUCUAGACGGGCCGUGUCAUGGACUUUUAUCUUUUAGCGAUGUUUUCUUUACGUGUUGGAAUAUCUGUUUUGCAUAAUGCCAUUGAUUUUUGUUUUUGUUACUUUAAUUGACUGCCUUGUUAAGAAAAAGAGCUACAUGUUAUGUUUGGGUUUGUUAAAUGGGUCUCAUGUUAAAGGUAGCGUUAUGACUACACUUUGAAAAAGACAUUUAUGGUUACAGAACUCUUUCAUGUGUUUUAUGGCUCUCUUAUGCAUGUUUCCAUUUACACACACACACACGUACGGCUCCUUGUUUGUGGUUUCUACAAAUCCUUACGUUUGCUUGUUCAGAGCAUUAUUGGGCGGCUGUAGUUUCUGGUAAAAAAAAAAAAAAAAAUGGUUCUUAGCGGCCUCAAGGGAAAGUGGUCGUUGCAAAAUUUGGAAUUCCAACUGGCUCAGGUCAUGUACCAUAUUUUUCUACAAGGCAUUGUUUUUUUUUUUUUUAAAUACAAAUUUUAACUUCAUUUUAUUUCUUUGCAGAUUUUGAGUACAAACUAAAAACAAAGAGCCUCACUGUGUUCGCAAUGUUGUACUGCUUUUUUUUAAAACAAAUUUUGGAGACAUAUUUCCCACCACUGGAGACACCUGUCGCCUCCUUUAUGUGUGCAUUAUACUGUUAGAAUCUGUACCACCCUGUUUUUUUUUUGUUUUUUUUUUAAAAUUUGCAUUGAUUUUGUACAAGCAGGAGACACGGACAUGUUUCCUGCUAUCUUUCUAAUGCAAAUGGAUUAACCCAGGAUCCCAGCGGUUAAGGCAUCAGCUAAACCUGUCUCCAAACUCUGUUUACAGGACUACAAAGUUUCAUGCGCACUUUCCUUGCACAUACAAUCCUUAACAUUUCAUACCAUCACACACAGGAUAAUCUCAAUCGACCACCACCGACCCAUGAGUGUGUUUUUCGGGCUCAGUUACGGUCGCAGCAUCUCAUAAUGCAUUAGACGUUAUAAGUUUUUCAUAUGUACACAAUAAUGACUCCAUUUGAACCAAUCACAAACAUCCCACUAAAAAAAAAAAAGGAAGGACGCAAAUACGAUUGAUUCAUAAAGACUUCACAGUGAACCAAGUGGAUAUUCUCAUGAUCAUGGAAUGCCAUACUGUAUUAUUUUAGGUAUUAUGUAUUGUCAUGACAUAGUAUGCUUCUUUUUUUUUUAUGUUGCUUUCCAUUAAUUUUGUAUUCACACUUUCUAAAUGUCUGCACCAACUUGUAUAAAACAGUGCAUUAUGUUAGAGCUAUUCAAAUACAACAUUUUUGGCAGCUGUUAAUAAAUGUGUUUCUGGUAAUCUUU